UUCUUGCAGAGACUUGAAAUCAAACAAUAUUUUCCUGAGAGACGACUGGUCUGUGAAGAUUGGCGAUUUCGGUCUGGCGACCGCCAAAGUACGGUGGUCAGACACAUCAAGCGCGGGCGGCGUGCUGUGGCAGCAGCCGACGGGCUCGAUCCUGUGGAUGGCGCCCGAGGUCAUCCGCCAGGAGGAGCCCGCGCCCUACACCUUCCGCUCCGACGUCUACGCAUACGGCAUCGUGCUCUACGAGCUCAUGGCCGGAGAGCUGCCCUAUGCGCACCUCAACAACAAGGACCAGAUCCUAUGGAUGGUAGGGCGCGGCCUGCUGCGACCAGAUGCGAGACGCUUACGCCAAGACGCGCCGCAAGCGCUCAAGCGUCUCUUCGACGACUGCAUCAAGUUUGAUCGCGAGCAGCGCCCGCUCUUCCGGCAGAUCCUGGCUUCCCUGGAGUCCAUGCUACGGGCCAUGCCCAAGAUCACCAGGAGCGCAUCUGAGCCGAACGUGAACAGGCAACUGCACGCGUCCGACGAUUACUUGAGCUACAGUUGCGCCUCCCCGAAAACUCCCGUCAAUUUCCAGUUCAAUCCGGACACUAGCUUCCCUGCGUUUUACGGAAUCCCCGUGCCGAACCAGCGGCAUCCCUAGGGUUUGCUUCAGGGCUACGAAUAGCCCGCCCCCGCCGGCGGCGUGCCGCUCGCAUCGCCUCCGCUCGGCGCACGCGCAUUCGCAUCGUGUUCGCGCUCGCGCUCGCGUGGUGCAUAGAGGAGACCGCGUUGACCGUACCACGGCUCGGAAACCAGUUUAUUGGCCGCACCCGAAAUAUUGGCACUUGAAAACGACGAAAAUAAAUACGGGAUGAUUUCGAACAAUGUAAUUGUAAAAUGUAUCGGGCCUGAUUUUCUUGCACGCUUGAGAAAUUGGAGUUUCCUCUAGAAGGAAGAAAAAUUGACUAAAAAUUGCGGAGCGACGAAAAGAAGCUGUUUGUGAUUUCUGAUUUAAAUGGGCUCCAAUGAGAAGUCAUGAAACGGCAUCAUGAGCCGCCAACAAAUGGUUCUGAUCCUUGGGACGUAUAUCAGCUAUAGACUGCAGAGUGGAAUCGGUUUGAUCUGCUACACUAUCCAGACUAAUGAAUAGUAAUGAACAGAGUAAUCGUUUUGUAAGUAAAAUUAUGUGAUCUGUGAAUUUAUUUCAAAUGUUUAGGCAAACAAUUUGUUUAUGUGCAAUAUGUGACAGCGUGUGCUAAAGCAUGACGCUACGCGCUAUACUGACGAUAGACUGAUGUUGAGCGACACUUGUGAUAUCCUCGCGUUUGUUUCUCAUCACUUUCUUAAUUUCUUUUUCGAUAGAUUACAUUGCAAAGCGUAAAAUAACUUGUAGAAAGCCAGGACAUGUUUCAUAAAUCACCAUAUUUUGCGCUUGAUUGCACUAAAAAAAGUUUCUCUGGACGAAAUUAAAUGAGUUUACUUUGUGAAAUGGCCCUGAGCUCAACUCUGGUCGAUGCGACAUUUAUUUAUUAAUAAUACGUUAAUAAACGACUGACCUGGACGAAAUUGACGUUCUAAUAUUAUA